AUGCCGGGGGGCAAGAGAGGGCUGGUGGCACCGCAGAACACAUUUUUGGAGAACAUCGUCAGGCGCUCCAGUGAAUCAAGUUUCUUACUGGGAAAUGCCCAGAUUGUGGAUUGGCCUGUAGUUUACAGUAAUGACGGUUUUUGUAAACUCUCUGGUUAUCAUCGAGCCGACGUCAUGCAGAAAAGCAGCACUUGCAGUUUUAUGUAUGGGGAAUUGACUGACAAGAAGACCAUUGAGAAAGUCAGGCAGACUUUUGACAACUACGAGUCAAACUGCUUUGAAGUUCUUUUGUACAAAAAAAACAGGACUCCUGUUUGGUUUUACAUGCAAAUUGCACCAAUAAGAAAUGAACAUGAGAAGGUUGUCCUGUUCCUGUGCACAUUCAAGGAUAUUACGUUGUUCAAGCAGCCGAUAGAGGAUGAUUCAACAAAAGGUUGGACAAAAUUUGCCCGAUUGACACGGGCUUUGACAAAUAGCCGAAGUGUUUUGCAGCAGCUUACGCCAAUGAAUAAAACAGAGGUGGUCCACAAGCAUUCAAGAUUAGCUGAAGUCCUUCAGCUGGGAUCAGAUAUCCUUCCUCAGUAUAAACAAGAAGCGCCAAAGACACCACCACACAUUAUUUUACACUAUUGUGCUUUUAAAACUACUUGGGACUGGGUGAUUUUAAUUCUUACCUUCUACACCGCCAUUAUGGUUCCUUACAACGUUUCUUUCAAAACGAAGCAGAACAACAUAGCCUGGCUGGUGCUGGACAGUGUGGUGGACGUUAUUUUUCUGGUUGAUAUCGUAUUAAAUUUUCACACAACUUUCGUGGGGCCCGGUGGUGAGGUCAUUUCUGACCCUAAGCUCAUAAGAAUGAACUAUCUGAAAACUUGGUUUGUGAUCGAUCUGCUGUCUUGUUUACCUUAUGACAUCAUCAAUGCCUUUGAAAAUGUGGAUGAGGGAAUCAGCAGCCUCUUCAGUUCUUUGAAAGUGGUGCGCCUUUUACGGCUGGGCCGCGUGGCCAGAAAACUGGACCAUUACCUCGAGUAUGGGGCGGCGGUCCUCGUGCUCCUGGUGUGUGUGUUCGGACUUGUCGCCCACUGGCUGGCCUGCAUAUGGUAUAGCAUUGGCGACUACGAGGUCAUCGACGAAGUCACCAACACCAUCCAAAUAGACAGUUGGCUCUACCAACUGGCCUUGAGCAUCGGGACCCCCUACCGGUACAAUACCAGCGCAGGGAUAUGGGAAGGAGGACCCAGCAAAGAUUCACUCUACGUGUCCUCUCUCUACUUUACCAUGACAAGCCUUACAACCAUAGGAUUUGGAAACAUAGCUCCUACCACGGACGUGGAGAAGAUGUUUUCAGUGGCCAUGAUGAUGGUUGGCUCUCUUCUUUAUGCAACUAUUUUUGGAAAUGUUACCACAAUUUUCCAGCAGAUGUAUGCCAACACCAACCGAUACCACGAGAUGCUGAAUAAUGUUCGGGACUUUUUGAAACUCUAUCAGGUCCCCAAAGGCCUUAGUGAACGAGUCAUGGAUUAUAUUGUCUCAACAUGGUCCAUGUCCAAAGGAAUUGACACAGAAAAGGUCCUCUCCAUCUGUCCCAAGGACAUGAGAGCUGAUAUAUGUGUUCAUCUAAACCGGAAGGUUUUUAAUGAACAUCCUGCUUUUCGAUUGGCCAGCGAUGGGUGUCUGCGAGCCUUGGCAGUAGAGUUCCAAACCAUUCACUGUGCUCCUGGGGACCUCAUUUACCAUGCUGGAGAAAGUGUGGAUGCCCUCUGCUUUGUGGUGUCGGGCUCCUUGGAAGUCAUCCAGGAUGACGAGGUGGUGGCUAUUUUAGGGAAAGGUGAUGUGUUUGGGGACAUCUUCUGGAAGGAAACCACCCUUGCUCAUGCAUGUGCCAAUGUCCGGGCCCUGACAUACUGUGACCUGCAUAUCAUCAAGCGAGAAGCCUUGCUCAAAGUCCUUGACUUUUAUACAGCUUUUGCAAACUCCUUCUCGAGGAACCUCACUCUUACUUGCAAUCUAAGGAAGCGGAUCAUCUUCCGUAAAAUCAGUGAUGUGAAGAAGGAGGAGGAGGAGCGCCUCCGGCAGAAGAAUGAGGUGACUCUCAGCAUCCCCGUGGACCACCCAGUCAGAAAGCUCUUCCAGAAGUUCAAGCAGCAGAAGGAGCUGCGAAAUCAGGGCUCCACACAGAGUGACCCCGAGAGGAGCCAGCUCCAGGUGGAGAGCCGCUCCUUGCAGAACGGAGCCUCCAUCACCGGCACCAGUGUGGUGACCGUGUCGCAGAUCACUCCCAUCCAGACAUCUCUGGCCUAUGUGAAAACCAGUGAAUCCCUCAAGCAGAACAACCGCGAUGCCAUGGAACUCAAGCCCAAUGGUGGUGCUGACCAAAAAUGUCUCAAAGUCAACAGCCCCAUAAGAAUGAAAAAUGGAAAUGGGAAAGGGUGGCUGCGGCUCAAGAACAAUAUGGGGGCCCAUGAGGAGAAGAAGGAAGACUGGAAUAAUGUCACCAAAGCUGAGUCCAUGGGGCUACUGUCGGAGGACCCCAAGAGUAGCGACUCAGAGAAUAGUGUGACCAAAAACCCAUUAAGGAAAACCGAUUCUUGUGACAGUGGAAUUACAAAAAGUGACCUUCGUUUGGAUAAGGCUGGUGAGGCCCGAAGUCCUCUGGAGCACAGUCCUAUUCAGGCUGAUGCCAAGCACCCCUUUUAUCCCAUCCCCGAGCAGGCCUUACAAACCACGCUGCAGGAAGUCAAACAUGAACUCAAGGAGGACAUUCAGCUGCUAAGCUGCAGAAUGACUGCCCUAGAAAAGCAGGUGGCAGAAAUAUUAAAAAUACUGUCAGAAAAAAGUGUACCCCAGACCUCUUCUCCCAAAUCCCAAAUGCCACUCCAAGUACCUCCCCAAAUACCCUGUCAGGAUAUUUUUAGUGUUUCAAGGCCUGAGUCACCUGAAUCUGACAAAGAUGAAAUCCACUUUUAA